AGCGCCACAAUAUCAGCGCAAUUGAACUCGAACAACCGACAGCUGGAGCAAGGAGAACAGCGCUUUUCGGUUUAUUAGUGCAACAAUUGUUAAUUAUAGUUAAUUAUAUGAUCCAAUCUACUAAGUACAGCAGAAGAAUAUUACACCGAGCAGCUAGCCAUAUCAUAUUAUUGUUUGCGGAAGGAAUCUGUCAGGAAACUCGCCGUCUGUUUCGAAACCAUACCUUCACAACAACAUCAUGAGCGAGCCAGCUUACCCCGACAAGGGCCAGCCUCAGGACCCUCCCCAAGGCCAGCCCCAGUACCCCGCCCAAGGUCAGCCCCAGUACCCCGCCCAAGGUCAGCCACCGGUUGCUGUUCAGCCGGGACCAGCUGUGGUUAUUGCCCAGACGCUCGUGUUCGGGGAGCAACCAAUGACGAUGCAAUGUCCCGGAUGUAGAGCCACUGUCACAACAUCAACGAGUUACACGAAUGGUUUAUUGACAUGGGUAGCGAUUGGGGGAAUUUGCCUCUUUGGCUGCUGGCUUGGAUGUUGUCUGAUUCCUCUCUGCAUUGAUGCUUGCAAGGAUGUCGAACACAGGUGUCCCAAUUGCCAAAUUGUGGUCGGAUUCUAUAAGCGAAUCAAAUAAAAGCUCCAUAUUGUACAUGCAUAAGAAGAAGAAUUGCGGGCGAGUAGUGAAUAAGGUCUUACACAAUAUUGCUUGUCGAUUUUGGUCUGAAAUUCAAGUAUCACCUAUUUACAAGAUUUCACCUCUGCGGCACUUUAAGAGCUUACCGAUUCAUUUCGAAUGUGUACGUUAACACACAAUCAAAUGGUUAUUGGGAAUCACUGUCAAUGAGCACUUUCAAAAGUAUAUGUCUGACUGUCGUUUUCGGUUGCUGUGCGAAAACUACUCCGCUGAUUUCUUAAAAUUUGAUUUGCACAUGUCUCUCGUGGACGUAAGAAGUGUCUGCAAGAAGUAAUGUACCGCCACGAAAGAAUAGCUACGGCGUUAAUGAAUGUAUUAAUAUUUUAUUCAUAAAGACACACUCGGCCAGGAGAAAACGCUUUUUCAAGCGUUAGCGCAUUCUCUUUUAUAUGUCAUGUAAUCAAACAGGUUUUCUUUCUAUUUUUCCUACAAGAUGUGUAGUCUAAAUGUGCUCGAAGGAAACAUUCUAGAAAUAAAUCGAUUUUGGGCAUUUAAACUUUUUCUAGUAGUUUCAGAUAGGAUACUGUGUCAGUAACUCGUGGUUCGGAUUUACUCAGUAGAGGUUUUUAUCGAUCUGAGCUACGCGACCAAACGUAAUUUUCAGGACUCUGCAUUGUUCAGUCAGUGCAAACAAACCUUCGCAGAAACCGAAUGGUCAUUAGGUUGUCAUGUGCAUAGGCAAUGUUUAGUUUUCGGAUUGUCAUCUGUACUUGGCGCAUUAGCUAAUGGACAGAAAAUAACAACCAGAUUGGUAGAGAAAUACACAGUAGAAAAUAUCCGUCCCAAUUUCAUGCACUUCAGCCAUCGCCUCCAUGAGUCCAUCUCACGUCGACAGUAGGAAAUGCAUAUCGCGACCAUUUGCGCAGGUUGAUGCGAUAUAUUCUAUAAGCUGUAGAACAUGUUCAUAGAUGGAGUGUCAGUUAUUGUAUUGCAAAUGACAGUUAGUGUUGAUCACAACAAUGCCAGAUGGUACGGACGUCGAGUGCGCACUCUUGGUCCAUGAUGUUGGUUUUGCAUGCACAUCAUGUAUAGACUGAAGAAGCAAUAAAUACUUCUUUGCAG